AGAGAGAAUGAUGCAAGCUUACACACAUCUACGCAACAAAUGCAAGUAGCUAUACUGUUCAUCUUAGGUGUACUAAGCAGCCAAAAUUAAUUCCGCGCGAGUGCCUUGACACCACCGUCCUUUUUUUCCACACAACCACCCAGCAACCAGCACUGCCAAGAGUAAAGGAGUCAAAACCAGUUUUCGAAUUCGGCGCCGGUUGUAUUUUUAUUUUUAUUUUUUUCUUUUUACUCGUCUCGAUGUGCGACGAAGUCGGGACUUUAAACCAGCCCUAUGACCUACUUAAGGCGGCCGUCCGGAUAAAUCACAGUCGAACGAGAGAUACCGGUCUCUCGCAAUAUUACCGAGUGAAUAUACGUAUAAAAAUAAAGUCAAAAGGCGUAUAUUGAUAAAGGUAUAUUGGAAAUAUUGAUUGGCAGUGAACGGACAUUCUGUUGACAAACGUAAGUCAAUGUGUCAAAUGGGAGACGGCCAGAAGACGCGAGUCUCCCUCGAGUGAACGACCCAUUAACGACCAAAUUUUACAAAUUCGCUAAUGGUCCGAACCACCCAUUGCCACCAUUUGCGACGGUAACGACCCAUUCUUCACGAGAGUCCUUUGAAAUUGGUGACAUUCAGCAAAUAUGGUUCCUUCACUUGCGUUUUCACGCCACAAGACACUCAUAUGGAUUGCACGGAUGUCUUUCAAGGCUCACAGAAAUAUGAGUGCAACUACGCAGACAAAUACCUAUAGGAAUGGCCCAGAUCAGAUUCUUCCUGCAACAUCAAUAAAAGCCUGGACUGCUGAUGGUGCUGUCAGAUUACAAAUUAGUGAGGAGGAAAUGAAAACACGCCCACCUAUCUCAGUACAUACACUGAUGCACAAGAGGGCUACCAAAAACUCAAAUGCUAUUGCUUUAGCAGCGAAGAAGGAUGGGAAGUGGAAGUACUGGACCUACAAGGAUUAUUAUGAUGAAUCGAGGAUAGCUGCAAAAGCUUUCAUUAAAUUGGGGUUGGAACGUUUCAAAGGUGUUUGCAUAAUGGGAGGAAAUGCACCCGAGUGGGUUAUUGCUAACUUUGGUGCCAUAUUUGCAGGCGGUUUAAGUGCUGGUGUUUACCCUACCAGUACCCCUGAAGCUUGUAGGUAUCUAGCUGAUAACUGUAAAGCGCAGAUACUAGUUCUAGAAGAUAAAGCGUGCCUAGAUAGAUUUCUUGCCGUGAAAGAUUCACUACCGAGCGUGAAGGCCAUUGUGCAGUGGUCAGGAUCCCCAGGUGCAACAGGAGUAUUGUCUUGGAGUGAUUUGAUGGACAUGGGAAAAUUAGAACCAGACGAUGAGUUGAAUGAGCGUCUUUCUCUGGCAGCAGUAAAUCAGUGCUGUUACUUAACAUAUACUUCAGGUACCACUGGCCCUCCAAAAGGGGUAAUGUGCUCUCAAGAUAACUUGACCUAUGUAGGAGAAUUAUACAGGAAAAAUAAUAACCAUGAAUUUGGAAAGGAGAGAUUGGUGUCAUACCUUCCUCUGAGUCACAUAGCAGCUCAAGUUGUUGAUAUUUAUACCUGCAUAACAAUUCUUGGAGAAUUAUAUUUUGCUGAACCAGAUGCACUAAAGGGAACUUUAGUGAAGACAUUAACUGAGGCACAACCAACAGGCUUUAUGGGAGUACCCAGGGUAUGGGAGAAGAUGUAUGAGAGUUUGAUGAGGGCUGGAACUCAAGCCCCAUUGUACAAGAAAAUUCUUGCCAAAUGGGCUAAGGAACAAGGGCUACAAUAUUAUAAAGCAGUUCUGGAAAACAGGAAAUUAUCUGUUUAUGAGCAAGUGUCCCAUUCAUUAGCCAAGAAGCUUGUUUUAAAUAAAAUAAAAGAAGCAAUUGGUUUUGGAAAAUUGCACCAAUGUGUUUCUGUGGCAGCCCCUGUUGAUGACUAUUUGUUAGAGUAUUUCCUAAGCUUGGAUAUCCCUGUUGUAAAUGUGUAUGGGAUGUCUGAAAAUAUAACUGUCUGUGCCUUCAGUUAUGCUGAGCAAGGAAGGUUCAAAAUAGGAAGUUGUGGAAAGGUUGCACCACAAAUAGAAGUUUGUAUAAAAAGCAUCCCUGGGGGGACACCUGGGGAAGGAGAAAUUAUCAUGAAAGGUCGUCCAGUCUGUAUGGGGUAUCUGGAGAUGCCAGAGAAAACCCAUGAAGCUAUCGACGAUGAAGGUUGGUUGCAUUCUGGUGAUGUAGGACACUUUGAUGAAGAAGGGUUUUUAUACAUAACUGCUCGUAUCAAAGAGCUUAUCAUUACUGCUGGUGGAGAAAACGUCCCACCAGUAAUAAUUGAAGAAAUUAUCAAGAAGGAAUUGCCAUUCAUUAGUAAUGCAAUGUUAGUUGGAGAUAAUAAAAAAUUCUUGUCUUUAUUAUUAACUCUUAAAGCUGAAGUGGAUGAAAUCACAGCAGAAUCCCUUCCUGAACUUACACCUUACUGCAAAAGAGUACUGACAAGAAUGGGUUGUGAAGCAAGAACGGUUGCUGAAGCUCUUGAUGAAGUUAAAAAGAACCCAAAUGGAGCUCUUGCAAAAGCCAUCCAGGAAGGCAUAGACAGGUACAAUGACAACCACGCCGUUUCAAAUGCUCAAAAAAUCCGGAACUGGAGACUUUUGCCUGCCGAUUUUUCUUCUUACUCAGGUGAAUACAACAAUACCCUUAAACUUAAGAGGUUUUAUGUUUUAGACAAAUAUAAAGAUCUUAUAGAUUCCAUGUACUCUGUUCCACAUAUGACAGAAGAAUUUUGAAAGUAAACUUGUCAUAAUGUAAAGGUUGGUUAAAAGAAAAAAUGUUGCAAUGGUCUACAGCUUAUCUCAAUUUAUUUUUAAUUACUAUAAACAUGUAAAAUAUGCACCUAAGUUUCUUUGGCGGAAUCAAAUUAUCUGUACAGCCCCUACAGCGUAUAAUUAAGACCACAGAAAAUAGAUCUACCUUUCAGUGGUCGGUAUAAUGCUGUAUGAGCUGCGGCCCAUAAAACUUUAACCACGGCCUGGUGGUGGCCUUUCCUAUAUCACUGCCAGAAACAAGAUUUUGGCUGACUUAAAUUUUAAAUAAAAUAAAAACUACAUAUGCUAGAGGGCUGCAAUUUGGUGUGUAUGUUGAUUAGAGGGUGGAUGAUCAACAUACCAAUUUGCAGCCUUCUAGCCUCAGUAAUUUGUAAGAUCUGAGGGCAGACACAAAAAGUACUGACAGAAAAAAGUGUGGAUGGACAGACAAAGCCAUCUCGGUAGUUUUCUUUUACAGUUACAGAAGGCUAAAAACUGGGUAUACUCUUGGGAACUUGGGUUUAUUGGUUAUGAAGCUGAAUUUUCAUAUAAAAAAAAAAGUUUAAUGCAUUCAUGCAUAAUGAUAAUCAUGAACAUUAGUUGGUUAUGAAUUUGGAUUCUUGAAAAUAAUAUGUUCGUGUCUGAUGAUAAUCUUGAAGGUUGUUAUUUUAAUUGUCAUAGGAGGAGUUUUUUAUGUGUACAUUAUAGUAAACUUAAAAUCUGAUGUCCCUAGAGUACAUAUAUUGUAAAAGGAACUAAAAAGGUAUAUCAUAAAUUGCUAUAAAAAAAUUUAUCAAUCCCUGUUACACUGAAGUUUUACAUAUUUUCUUGCUAAUGAGGAAGAAAAUACAUAUCAGUCAGUUUGCUCAUUCUGUUGUCCCUGUAUUUGAUACCAAAUAUCUGGUCAUCUUUUUACAUGUAAAUUACAAUGCAUUUUACCUAAUUAAAAUAGUUUUAACUAUAAUUAAAAUAUUUUUAUAAUAGAUGUAUUAUUAUACAUGAACUUAAAGUACAUGUAUAAGAUUAUGUAACAUAUGAUGUGGUUCAUUAAAAUAGUGAAUGCUCAUGUAAGUAACUUUGUAUUGGCUUUUGAUUUUUGUUUAAGUAAAUGCAUUGGGUUUUACCAUUCUUAUUGUACUAUUAUGUGUUUCACUUUGUAUGUUUUGAAAUGGUGUGACUUAUUAUGCUUUACAUAUACAGAAAUUAUGAAACCUUAUUGAAAGUCUUGAUCUGUUACAAAGGGUUGUAAUACAGUGUAUGGAUUUUGCCAAUUCCAUCAAUGUCUACUUAUCUACUUUAUUGUUGUUUUAUGCAACUUCAGCACUUCUUAUAAGACUUCUUGUGGCUUUAUGGAGCAAACUAGUUGUAAUCAGUUGUAAAGUAACCUUAGUUCUUAAACAUGUAUUAUCUCUCCCAUGCUAUCAUCUAGUUUAGUUAUCUUUGAAAUCAUCUCAAAAUUGCUUGCAAAAUAAUAUUUUUGCAUCCUUGUGUAGAAUAAUAUUUAUACCUUUUAAGUUAAAAUUAAUUGAAAAGUAAUAUUUCUUCCUUCUAAUGACUAAAGUUGGUAAUCUUUCUCAUUUUUUAUUUUAAUUUACUGAAAAAGUAAGUCAUUUCAGUCUUAUCCUUUUGUGUUAUAAAAGAACUAGAAUUCAGCAUGAUUUUACAUAUUACAAAUAACACUCAAUAAUCCAACAAUGUCAUAAAGACUAUCUAUUAUUUUUAAAGUGUUCUUUACCUGUUCAGCACUAAAUUUUAUCAUUUUGCAAAUAUUUUGUAAUUUAACGUUCUUGCAUGUGAUCAAUAGCUUUUAUCAUCAUUUACCUUAGAAAUUGAGGAAGAAGUAUGCUAGCAGGAGGAUGGUAUUCUUUACUUUCAUGAAAAGUAAUUGGAUGGGGAAAAGACUGGUUAUUCUGUGGAAAAAGAUUAUUGCUAGUUAAUGAAUAUACAUUAAAUAUAUUCUUAUUUAUUUUUAAUGCAGCUCAUAAUUCAGCUCUGUUACAUAUUUUCAGGAUCUUUAGCAAUACGCACAUGCUUUUAACUAAAAAGUACCUUGUCUCUCACCUUCAGCAACUUUUUUCCAAUUGUUUUACUCAAAUUUUUUAUUGUACUUGCACUAUCAUCAAUGUACUGCACAAGUGAUAAUAAAAUUAAGGAAAAUUGAUGGCUCCAAAGAGUAACAUGUAUCAUAAGGAUAAUGAGAUAAGAUAAUCCCACAAACUUCCACACUUAGCAAGUAAGUCCUAAAUAAUUCUGACAUCUGUUUGUCAGGUAUUUAUUGUAAUGCAUUUUAUUGUACAUAGAAUGGAACAGAAUACUACAGAAUUUAGGCCAAAGGCCAAGUGCUGGGACCUAUAUGCUGAAAUGGAAAUUAGGAGUAGAAAGGUUUGAAAUUUAUAACAGGAGGUAAACCUCAAAGUGGUUGCACUAAGAAACAAAUGUUAAGAGAGGUUGGACAACAAGAUGGAAGAAAGAGAAUAUGAAUGGGGGGGGUAAAGUAAAAGGAAUGAAAGGGGUUGCAGCUAGGGACAGAAAGAAUGUUGCAAUGAACGUUAACUAAUGCCUACAGUGCGCUGAAGGAGGUGCACUGAUGGUGCUACCCCCAUAGGGGUUUAUUGUAAAGUAUACAUACUAGCUUAUUUGUUUUCAUACUAAUUUUGGUUAAAUAUCUAUUCAUGAGACUGUAUAUCUGAUGUAAAUUUUAUAUGUAAAGACUGUUUGAGCCUGUGUUGUGUUCUUUGUGUUGCAUUCCCUAUUUUCCUUCAGAAAUAUUCAUGGCAUGUUAACUGUAGACCAUUGUACAUAUUUUUCUGCAUUUAUUGACGGUACGUGUUAAUAACUUUUAAUACAACAGUGUUGUUUCAGAAUUUCCUUCCUGUUCAUUCUGCAAAUGGUGUCAUGUGUUUAGUGCUUGUAUUUAAAGACCAUGAAUGCCUUGUUAUUUCUGAAACACCAUUUAUGAAUUGCCUUGAACUUAGGGGGAUUUUAAGCAGUCUAUAUGCUUUCUGUCAUACUGUAUUCUAAAAUCUACUUCCCAAAGAAAUAAAAAAAGUAUGACAGGACUGAUAAUGUAAACACCACGAAAAAAAGCAUACAAUUUUACUAUAUUGAUUUUUUGCUAAACAGAAUAGUAUAUCCUCAAAGUACUUUUACCAUCUAAUAUACUACUCAGACGAGACAUUUUGCUCGGCAUAGAAGCUUCAGUACUGAUAUGUAAUUGGGUGUUAUGCAUGAUUAAUUACAUUUGUGAAUUUGAAUCAGUCAUCUGGUGUACCUGUGACACCUGCACUCACAUAUAAAAAUGGAAUCUACUUGAAUCAAUGAUAUGAGUGCAGUGCUCAAGAAAGUGUAAAUUUGAAGAUAAAAUUUUGAUGAACAUUUCAGCACCCACCAUCAGCUUUCCAAGUUGCAUUGUUCACUAGUUUUAGAAAUAUGCAAAUAGUAGUACUACUUUGAUCUCAAAAAUUGUAACCAGGUUUCUAGAGCUUACAAGCUAUAGUUGUUGUAGCUUCAAGUGUCAGGUACAAAUUAUUGUAAGAUUGGCAUUCUGUUUUAUGAUUAGGACUGUUUAGGAAAGGUACUGUAUUAUGCUUUAGUGCCUUGAAAAGCAGUGACAGGUAGCACAUUUGAUGAAUGAACUAUUCUUUCAUCUUUCAUAAUCUUGCAUUUACAGCCUUAACUCCCAUCUUGCAUAUACAGCCUUAACUCCCAUCAUUCAUGAAAUAUUUUAAUACAUAAAUCAUUGAACUGCAUCUCUCACAUGUUAAUAUUUUGAUUUGCUUAAUACUGUUUUAAUUAUCUUGUGUAUACAUAUGCAGUGUGCCAUUUCUCAUAUUUUAAAAGAUAAAGAAUUAAUGUUUUUGUUUUUGUUUAUACUAAGCUAGUUAAUAUAUUGGUAUCAAGUCCUCCAUGAGAAAAUUUAUUUUCUAAGAACAGCUUGACAUUCAAUUUGAUACUGAACUGUAGAUAAAAGUUUGGGUCACCCCAUUGUAAAUUUUCUAACGUGUGCAAAAUUAUCUUAUGGAGAUAUUUGUGUUUUCCUGUAAGUGACUCAUUGUUAGAUUAUCACUUUUGCUUAUUCAUAUAUAAAAGACAACCCAUUAAACAGCAACCAUCAUAGAUUAUAUUGUGGAAUAUAAUUGAAGGUAUUUUAUAAAAUUUAUGAGUUUAUACAAAAAAAUAGUUGAGCUAUUGCAUUCUGGAAUGAUUCUUUUUACCAUUAGUGUAUGAAAAGAUUGGGGUGAAGGCAUAUAAGAAAUUGCUCUUCAUUAUAAGUAUAGUGUUCUCAAAAAAGCAUCAUUGCAUAUUUUGUCAAGAUUUCUAUGGGGAACUCCAAGCCAACUGUAUAGCAAAAAUAAAAAGAAAAUUAAACUUGGAUGCAUUCAUGUAUUGAAAAUAUUUUACUAGUCUUGUUUUGCUAAGUGAAACAUUUAAGAGGUGUUUGUUAUGUCAACAUUAUUUUUCCUUAAAUCCUCAGGCUAGAAUUUUGGUUCCCACUGUCAGUUCGUUUUAUAAGAUACAUGUCUGAAGUGCAGUGACUGCAAGUAGUUAUCUAUGAAAUACACACUUUAAAUCUAUUUCUCAGCACUGACUUUCCUCAAUGAUGUGCUAUAAGGUGCUUCUAUCUUCUUGCAGGGUAGUCAAGUUACUGGACAAGCAGUUCAGUAGUUAGUUCAUAAGUAUUAUUAGUCAGUGAUAAUAUUCAAUGCAAUUAUAGUUCAUAAGAUUAACCGUAGAUCAGGUAGAAUAUGCAACUAGUCUGGAAUUAGAUGUUAUGGCUCUCCAUAUAUUGAUGCAGCUUGUCAUUCAAGUAGAAAAUGGUCUCUAUUAUGAUGUAUGCUAUAGGUGAUGGGAAUAAAAUGACUUUUGUGAAUGUUUUGCAUUUAGUGAGUAAUAAUUUUGUUCUGGCAAUGACACAAUUGCUGCAUUGAGUGGCUUCCUGAUUUACAUAUUUUUAAUUGCUUAUUUUUUUUCAAUAGAACAUGUCAUCUACCAUACUAGUGAGCUGUUUUGAAAUAAGGAUGUUGCACAAAUAUGCAGUUUUACUGUUAUAUCAAUAUUUUUUAUUUGUGCUCAUGUUACAAAUCACUCUGACUUAAAUUUGGGAUUUUAUUGAAUGGUUGUAUUUUGAGUGUUUUUUUCUAUGAACUUUGAAUAGCAGUUUUUUUAUGAUGUGCGUUUUUCAAAUAAUAUGCCCGAUAAAAAAUAAGAAUUGUUUUUAUGAUAAAUAUCCCUAGUAAGUACAUUACUGAAGAGGAAAUUUAUUCUGUAAAGUAAAUUGACAGUUCAACUACAGUAAAUUUUUUUUCAGCUUGUGGUUAUUCUGAAUUUUUUGUUUUUUAACAUCUAAACUAUUGCUUAUUGUUCCUGUCCCAUAAAGUUUUGAAUUAUUUUAUACAUUGUAAAGGUUAAACUUUCAAUUGAAUUCGUAACUUAAAUUUUUUUUUUACCUCGCCUUAUAAGCUCCAUAAUUCCCAUAGUAAUGGAAAUAUGAUUAUUGACUAAAUGCACUCUGUCUUCCCAUGAGUUCUUUUAAAUUUGUCUGUAAUUAAUGUCAUGGCCGAUUCUUUUAAGAUGCUUGGUUUGUUUACACAAUUCAACAGGAUUUGAGUAUUGCACCACAAGGACAAGACAGUAUGUUGUAAAUAUUGGAAUGCUCUGGUUUUUUGUAUGAGAAAAUUUGGCUGAAAUUACACCAUGUCUAAAAUGUACCAUAAAUUUAGUUGCUGAAAAGUCCACUAUCCAAGUUUUGUUACCACCAAUUAAAUUUUUGUUGUGUGUACAGGAAUUUUGCAGCAACUCAAGUUUUCUCAACAGAAAUGAUUUGUUUGAUUACAAUCAUCAGUUGUCAUAAAGAAAUCCUAGAUCAGCCUUAUCUCGGUGGUGUGACGGAAAUGGUGAAUAAUACAUACUACAAUUUAUGUAGCGUACUGUUGAAAAAGUUGGACUCUGUCUAAUGAAAAUUGACCAGGUUUAAGAGAAUCAGCAAACUUAUGUUUUGCAGCUCAUGAAGUUUUCUAUAUUUGAGGUCUAAGUUUGUGUCUUUAUGCAGACUCAUUUUUACUUACAACUGUAUCUUGUACUGCUUUUGAAAAGGUUGUUCUUAAUUAAACUUCUCUUACACUGUCCUACAAUUUCAACUUGCCUGGUGAAAGUACAAUAUGUUUAUUACGCAUUCUUGUGUAGUAAUGUGAUAUGUAUUUUGAAUACGAAGUGAAAUGGAUUAACCAAUGUUCCAGAUAUUGUGAGAAUAAGAUACUCAUGAAAUUCAGUAUAUAGCUAACUGUAUUUUGCAUUUUAAUGCAGCUUCUUGAACCUACCUCAGGUUUUAUAAAGUCAAAUGUAGUUAUUACAUUUUUUGUUGCUUUUGAUAAACAAAUAUUGAUUAUAAAGAGAGUAAAUAACUUUAAAAACUUAUAUCACAUUUUGCUAAAUAUAAGAAAUAUGCUAAUGAAGGAAUUUGUAAACCAGUUUUAUUGCAUCUUUUCAUACCAUUGAAAUUCAUAUCAAUUUAGCAGAGGGAAAACAUUAUAUAAUGUAAUUUCAUAUAAAGUUUUCUUUGUGAUGCAAUGUCAUAAUUCUUGGAAAUAUAAAAGUUAGCAAAAUUAUGUCAGAAAAUGUUCAUAAAACAAGUCUUAAUUUUUUUUAUUUCUCUACUUAAAUGUCCAAGUAUUUUCCAUCUUGAAGCAUUGCCACUUUGUUAUUGGAGAAUUUUUUUGUUUUCCAUGUUAUUGUCAUGUAGAUGUUUGGCUAUUAAAUAAAGUAAAUUUUCAA